GCAACGCUGCUCUGCUAUUCUUGGUAUUCUGUGAGCCUACUAGACGUCCUGGCUUCCCUGUCCCAGGGCCUGUGUCUCCCCGCCGCGCACGAUGAGCAAGCCGACUGGCAUUCGACGUGCAGCGACGAACGCGGUCUUCGCACUCGAAGAGUAUCUGCUCUCGCUUCCGCAUGACCAUCCCCUCCAGAUAUCAAUCCGCACCUAUGGCCUUGCUCUGUCGCUGUCUCUGGUACCUGUGCUUUUACCUUUCAUAAUAUCAGGCAGGGGGCGCGCCAAGCUUGGCGGUCCUGAGGGCUUGAAGAGAGCAUUGAAGAGGGAGUUCGGAGUCACGGGUUUUGCUUUUGCCAUGACCACAGCAAUAGGCGGAGGGGCGUACCUACAGCAUAUAUGGAAGGCACUGGAGGCACGGGCGGACCCUGAGCCCCUUGGACAUGAUUGGUCAUCCGUCUUCUUAACGCGCGCAGGGCGUAUCCUCCAACGGAUCUCGAAUGCAUGUAAUCUCACUGCUGCUCGAAAAGCCUUCCUGUGUAACUCUCUUACUUCUCUGGUUGCAUUAAUACUCUUGCAAGCGAGGAGAAGGGCUGGUCCCCAAGCUGCCAUACCUCUCACUCCUCCCUUCACCCGCUCUCCGGAGGGUAUUCCAAGAACGAAUAGGCCUUCGCCUACAUUGGACCUCACCUUGCUCCUAUUUGUCAGAGCAAUGGAUGCAGGCGUCCAGGCUUGUUUGUCCAAAUACGCUCUCAGGCUAUCUCAGGGGAAGGACCAGGACGCGAAGGAAUGGCGGCGGAAGUUAACAAGGCAUUCCGAUGCCUUUCUUUUCUGGGUAUGCAGCGCGAGGAUAAUGUGGUGCUUCUUCUAUCAACCAGAAAGGCUCCCCAGAUCAUAUGUUAAAUGGAUCACCUCCUUGGCAGACAUCGAUAAUCGCCUUGUACUAACUUUGCGUGCAAUCCGCUCGGGCCACUGGGUGUAUGGCAGUGGCGGCAAAUAUCCCGAGCUGCUGACUUCCAUGGCUCAAGACAUCGGUGUCCCCAGCUCAUGGGGCAACCCAGCUAUGCUUCCGCCCCGUGGCGGACUGUCAGCGAACAACACUUGGGCGGUGCUUGGCGUCAUGGGAAGGAAUGGCGUCGGCGGCCUGCCAUGCGAGAUAGUUCACGGAGGUAUGGACAGGAAGAGCUGUACUGCAAACUCAGCCCGGCGGGGCGCCAAAGCGUUCGUCGAGGCUUUACUCAUCUACCUGCCUGUCCAUUUCCUCCCUAUGGUCCUCAGGCAGCCCUCUGCAAUGCUGCAGAUCCGAAGCAUCAUCCCGCGUCUCCUAUCAGCCAUGCGUUCGGCGACCUUCCUCUCGGCAUUCGUGUCGUCGAUCUGGAUGUCUGUGUGCCUUACCCGCACCCUGCUCCUAGCUCGAUUAUUCCCUUCCAUCUCUCAUAACUUCUGGGAUGGUCCGUUUGGAUGCAUACUCGCCGGAUGCCUGGCAUGUGGUUCCAGCAUUUGGAUUGAGGAAGGGCGGAGGAGAGGCGAGAUGGCUUUAUACGUCCUUCCGAGAGCGGUCCGGUCGUGCUUACCGGACGGAUGGGUUCGAAGCGGGAAUAAGAGUACCAUGAUUGCAGAGAGGCUAGCGUUCGUACUGUCGUUGGCUUCGCUGCUGACUGCAGCAGUCCAUCGCCCGGAUAUUCUGCGCGGCCUGUCCAGAUGGACGCUUGAGUUCGUGAUGAACGGGCCAAAUGCGGCGCUCUGGAGACGUAAGCGUCAAUUAAAACUCAGCGGAAACCAGGUUGAGGACUCAGAUCCCGCCACAAACGAAAAAUAGGUCUUGGACACGGACAGACUAGAUUAUGAUACAAAGAGACUGUUACAGUAUUAUCAUCCCCUCCAAAGGUGUAAAGAAUGGUCGUAGAAGGAGCAGCUGGCUAUCAGAGUACUCUGUCCUUCCUUGCUUCUCCCGUCUUGUGAGUAACACCAAUCCACGCCAUAGGCUAGCGACCCAUGCUCGUCAUACCGUUUCGAAAUACUUGCGCUCCCGAAUCCACUCUCUGAACCUUCCUCGAAGUGGAGGACCUUGAAGCCAUCGUGCAUACACGCAGCUAGCAGGUCAUGUUUCCGCUCUGCAGAUGGGUGCCACUUCACUCGCCAUACCCCGCCCCCAACGUCUACCCGCUGGAGGGGUUGCAAGGGCUUACGAGAGUCGAAAAGACGAAUAGUAGAGUCGUAGC